AAACUAUGAACUGGUGUACCAUCAAAACUUCCGGUCCGCAUGGUUUUUGCAUCGAUCUCGUUGAAAAAGACAUCUGACAUAUUCUCAAAUAUUGGAAAGAAUAAUUUUCAUCUGAAGUCUGAAACAAAAAGAUCCUGGUUUUGCUUACUACAUAAAAUAUACGUUGCCACUUUUAAAAUGAAACUACUGACGCACAAUAUGUUGACAUCGCACGUGAAGGGGGUAACCAAAGGAUACCCCCUUCUCAUCAAGGCGACGGAGGUUAAAGUCAGCGAGGUGGAAUUCAACCCUAAUUUUGUGAGCCGUAUGAUCCCGAAACUGGAGUGGAGCGCUUUCAUUCAGGCAGCUGAGGGGCUUGGCCACCUGCAGGAUCUACCCAAUGAGCUGAUAAAUGACUUUGAGAAGAAUGAAGAGUUCUUGAAAAAAGUUCACAGGGUUCUUUUGGAGGUGGAGGUGAUCGAGGGCUGUCUGCAGUGUCCUGAGUCUGGUCGAGAGUUUCCAAUCACCCGAGGUGUCCCCAACAUGCUUCUGAAUGAGGACGAAUCAUAGAGCGCUAAGGGGAAGGAGUGCCCCAGCCUUCCACCCUGAGCCCCCCAGUAUAGAUAUGAGGAAUACAUCUUCUUGUAAAGUAUGGUGACCCCCAUCCCUGCCCUCUCAACUUAAGCCUAACCCUUUAUGUGUAUUAGAACCGGUUGGCAUUGAGAAUUAAUCAAAGCUGGACUUGCUGGAGAUUUGGGUGACAACGUACCACCAUGGGCGGUGUUUUGAUCAGUGAAGUACUUCAGAGGCUUUCAACAGGACUAUGGUUCAGAAAAGUCCCUUGUAUUCUUGCACAAGAGAGGUGAUUCAGUUUUAUUUAUUUUUCUAAACGUUUGGGUUCAUGUUUUUGCAAUAAAAGUACAAAUCUUUGGUUCCUUAGGUAAA